AUGUCAAUGGCCAGUGGAUUGAGAGAUCUUGUUGCAUAUGUCCCACAAGAUGAUACUCUGCUUGCUGAUGUGACUGUCCGAGAGAACGUUCGCUUCUCAGCCCACGUUUGGAUUGGAAAUCUGUGUGGCUCCCAAGACAUAGUGAGACAUGUGGAUAGUUUGAUAUUAGUCCUUGAUCUUGAAAAGGUCCAAAACUCCCUGGUCGGGGACGUGUCGAAGAGAGUAUUGUCUGGGGACGAAAGGAAGCGCGUUAAUAUCGCGUUGGAAUUGGUGACAGCACCCAAGGUCCUUGCUUUGAAUGAGCCAACAUUAGGCCUGGAUGCUACAACAGCACUCGACUUGAUGAAACUGCUCGAGAAGUUAGCUCGCAAGGAGAUGAGCAUUAUAUGUGCUCUGCAUCAACCAAGAGCUGAAAUAUUUGCUCUAAUCGACGACUCAUUACUUUUGCAGGCUGGCAAGCAGAUAUAUCUGGGUCAGGCAAAGCAGGCGCUACGUCAUUUAGAGGGAUCUGGCACGGAUUCCCUCCAGAAAAUCAAUCCUGCUGAUGCGAUUAUGGAUGCUCUUGUCCGGAGCCAACAUCGCUAUAAUCCCCUGCUCUGGGGUUUCAAGGGAAUACAAGACUCUAGUAUCACCAAGGAAGCUAUUGCGGCACGCGAGGAGACGAUAGAGUCUGUCGAAGCGUUGUUGGUCUCCAUUCGACAGCGACGAACAUCCUGGUAUCAGCAAGUUAUGUUGGUCUUCAUGCGAGAAAUUACCCAGCAAAGUAGACAAACUGGGAGUCUCUGCCUCGAGAUUAUAUCUGGGGCAAUUAUUGGCAUGGUUAUUGGUCUUUCGUAUUAUGUAUUUCGCGGACACCUAUUUCAGGGACUGUUUCAGUCAGUCGCCUUUCGAGGCUCUCUCAUCCGCGGUGAGCUAUCGAUUGCUGGCGGAACAAUCUUUUCUUUUCGUUUCGCAAUAGGACUGUCACUCCUUUGCCAGACUUGA